CUUCCUAAAAGGUUGGAUUGGGAAGGAAAUGAGCAUUAUAGAAGUUACGAAGAAUUGGUGCUAUCGAACAAACAUGUGGCUCCAGAUCACUUGCUACAAAUUUGCAAGCGUAUUGGCCCUAUACUGGAUAAGGAGAUACCACCCAGCAUUUCGAGAGUGAAUUCCUUACUUGGUGCAGGGAGGCAGUCAUUGUUACGUACAGCAAAAGAUUGCAGGAACACUGUUUGGAAGGGCUCUGCAUUUGCUGCUCUUCACAGAGGAAGACCUCCUGAAAUUCCGGUGAACUACGGCAUGCCACCGAAUCUGGUGGAAGUAUAUCGAGCAAAGCAGCUAACUGGAUAUGCAAAAUUCAGUACUUCAUUUCCAGGAUGUAUGUAUCAACAUAUAAAGAUGCACAGACGAAUUCUUGGACAUCUUUCUUCUGUAUACUGUGUUGCAUUCGAUAGGACUGGACAUAGGAUAUUUACUGGCUCAGAUGACUGUUUGGUAAAAAUUUGGUCGACUCAUAAUGGUCGGUUAUUUGCCACAUUGCGAGGACAUUCAGCGGAGAUUUCAGAUAUGGCCGUCAACUACGAAAACACCAUGAUUGCAGCUGGAAGCUGUGAUAAAAUGAUCCGAGUGUGGUGCCUCAGAACUUGCGCGCCAGUUGCUGUCCUCCAUGGACACACAGGGUCCAUUACCUCAUUGCAGUUUAGUCCAAUGGCUAAAGGAUCCAUGCGGUAUAUGGUCUCUACUGGCGCUGAUGGAACUGUUUGCUUUUGGCAAUGGGACAUAGAUUCCAUGAAAUUCAACAAUCGGCCACUGAAGUUCACAGAGAAGCCUAGACCGGGGGUUCAGAUGCUUUGUUCUUCGUUCAGUGUAGGUGGUAUGUUUUUAGCAACUGGGAGUACAGACCAUGUCAUCAGAAUGUAUUAUUUUGGCUCUGAAACGCCUGAGAAAAUAGCUGAAUUGGAAAGUCAUGCUGAUAAAGUUGACAGCAUUCAGUUUUCUAAUAGUGGUGAUAGGUUUAUAAGUGGCAGCAGAGAUGGAACAGCUCGAAUCUGGCGUUUUGAACAAGCGGAAUGGAGGAGUAUUUUGUUGGAUAUGGCUGAUCGAUUACCAGGUGAUUCAUCUUCAGAAGAAGACAAAUUUAUGAAGCCUAAAGUAACCAUGAUAGCUUGGAACCAGAACGAUAACUACGUUGUUACGGCUGUGAAUAAUCAUCUUCUCAAAGUGUGGAAUUCCAGUACAGGGCAGUUGCUGCAUGACUUGGUGGGGCAUGCAGAUGAAGUAUUUGUCUUGGAGACCCAUCCUUUUGAUUCCCGGAUUAUGUUGUCUGCGGGUCAUGAUGGCAACAUCUUUAUAUGGGAUAUUACAAAAGGCACAAAAACGAAGCAUUAUUUUAACAUGAUUGAAGGCCAAGGACACGGUGCUGUUUUUGACUGUAAAUUUUCACCAGAUGGGCAGCAUUUUGCAUGCACAGAUUCUCACGGGCAUCUAUUGAUAUUUGGUUUUGGCUGUAGCCGGCCUUAUGAAAAGAUUCCUGAUCAGAUGUUCUUCCACACUGACUAUCGACCACUUAUUCGAGACUCUAACAAUUAUGUCCUAGAUGAGCAGACUCAACAGGCUCCUCAUCUCAUGCCCCCCCCCUUCUUAGUAGACGUGGAUGGAAACCCUCAUCCAACAAAAUAUCAGAGAUUGGUGCCAGGAAGAGAAAACUGUGCAGAUGAACACUUGAUACCUCAGCUUGGAUAUGUAGCAACAAGUGAUGGAGAAGUGGUUGAACAAGUUAUAGGCCAACAAACAAUUGAUCAGGAUGAACAAGGCAUGGAGCCUAGUAUUCUUGAUGGCAUGAUUAGACAAUUGCAGCAACAACAAGACCAAAGAAUUGGAGCUGAUCAAGAAACUGCCUCAAGUAGUCUACAAAAUGGAGAAGGAACCCCUAGAAGAGCUUUUAGAAGACCAAGUUUAGACAUCCAGUCUCCUCCGAAUAUUGGUCUGCGGCGCAGUGGUCAAGUCGAAGGAGUGCGUCAGAUGCAUCAGAACGCUCCGCGAAGUCAGAUGGCUACUGAGCGAGACCUUCAGGCUUGGAGGCGAAGAGUCGUCGUCCCAGAAAUACCACCAACCUUGCUAAGGAAACAGGAGGAAUAUCGAAUUGCAAAAGGAGAAGAGGAGAGAGAUCUUUAUGCAAUGGAGAAGAAAAGAAAGUCAUUCCAGUUAUCAGAAAAGAGUGACUCUGAGUCGUCAUUAAUACAAUCUAAGCGUAGGCUGCAUAGACGCAAAUACCCAAAUUACCGAACACGGAAUAACGUUGAGCAACUUGAUUCAUCUGAUGAUGAAAGAGAUGACUGCUUUGGCUUGAUAGAGCAAGAAGCUGAAGAAAGUGAAGGCUCUGGCUCAUCUGAUGAAGAGGAAGAAUGGAGAAGUGACAAAAAAAGCAACAGUAACAGUUCUAGUGAUUCUUCAAGUAGGUACUCUGACUGGAUCGCUGAUGCAGGGAUUAAUCUACAGCCUCCUGUACGGACUUCUCGAAGGAAAGCUAUCAGAUAUUGCAGUACUUCAGAAGAUGAAGUAUCAGCAGAGAAAUCAUCUCCUCCAAAGAGAAGAAGAAGAAAAAGAAGAAAAAAGCCCAAACCAAAAAAACAGGAGGAGGCUGAUGCUCCAACACAGCCAGCCGACUCGGAUUUGUCCUAUGAUUGGCAUCCUCCUGUUUGGAUCACAGACACAGCUCUUAGACGAUCUCCGUUUGUACCUCAGAUGGGCGAUGAGGUAAUAUAUUUUCGACAAGGUCACGAGGCUUACAUUGAAGCAGUUCGAAGAAAUAACAUUUAUGAGCUGAAUCCACACAAGGAGCCAUGGAGAAAAGUAGUCCUUAGGGAUCAGGAGCUGGUAAAAAUUGUUGGAAUUAGAUAUGAAGUUGGUCCUCCCACGCUGUGUUGCCUCAAGCUUGCUUUUAUAGAUCAUGCCACUGGAAAACAUACAGACAAAUCAUUUUCCAUCAAAUACCACGAUAUGCCGGAUGUUAUCGACUUCCUUAUACUGCGUCAGUUCUACGAUGAAGCACGGCAAAGAAACUGGCAAGCUUCUGACAGGUUCCGCUCCAUCAUUGAUGAUGCCUGGUGGUUUGGGACAGUGUUGGGCCAAGAACCGUACCAGCCUCAAUAUCCAGAUAGCCACUUCCAGUGUUACAGCGUUAAAUGGGACAAUGGUGAAAAUGAAAAGCUUAGUCCGUGGGACAUGGAGCCAGUCCCUGAUAAUGUUGAUCAGCCUGAAGAAUUAGGGGCCAGCGUUUCCGUGACUUUUGACGAGAUGGAGAAGCUGCUGUACAAGCCCCAGGAAGGGGAGUGGGGGAUGCGCUCUCGCGAUGAAGCCUGUGAGCGGAUUAUCAGUGGUAUCGAUCAGCUGCUGACUCUGGACAUGUCAGCAGCUUUUGCUGGUCCCGUUGAUCUGUGUACAUAUCCCAAGUACUGUACUGUGAUUGCUUAUCCAACAGACCUAAACACUAUUCGGACAAGACUGGCAAACCGAUUCUACAG